CUAUAAGGCGGGCGGGGCCGGCGGUGGGCGGAGCCUGGAGCCCUAGUCGGGGGUCGGCGGCGGCAUCCGGGGGCUGUGGCUGCGCGCGCCCGGGUCGCAAAGCCCAGCGGGACAGAGCCCAAGGCCUGGAAGGCCCUCUCACUCGGCCCUGCCCCUCAGGAUGUCUGCAGCCGACAUGUCAGAAGAUGAGCCUGUGCGGCCCCCCCGAGACAGCCUGUGGGAGCAGGACAGGCAGAACGUGGUGCAGCGCGUGGUGGCCCUGCCCCUGGUCAGGACCACGUGCACCGCCGUCUUGGAGGCUUACAGUGCCGCUAAGGACAGGCACCCGCUGCUGGGCUCCGCCUGCCGCCUGGCCGAGCACUGCGUGUGUGACCUGACCGCCCGUGCCCUGGACCACGCCCAGCCGCUCCUGAGCCACCUGCAGCCCCAGCUGGCCUCCGUGAACAAUCUCGCCUGCAGGGGUCUGGACAAGCUGGAAGAGAAGUUGCCCUUUCUCCAGCAACCUUCGGAGACGGUGGUGACCUCGGCCAAGGACACGGUAGCCAGCAGUGUGACGGGCAUGGUGGGCCUGGCCCAGCAGAGCCGCCGCUGGAGUGUGGACCUGAAGCGCUCCGUGAGCCACGCCGUGGAUGUCGUGCUGGGCAAGUCGGAGGAGCUGGUGGACCACUUCCUGCCCAUGACCGAGGACGAGCUUGCGGCCCUGGCAGCGGAGGCCGAGGGCCCGGAAGUGGGGUCCGUGGAGGAGCAGAGGAGACGACAGGGCUAUUUUGUGCGCCUGGGCUCCCUGUCGGCGCGGCUCCGCCACCUGGCGUAUGAACACUCUCUGGGGAAACUGAGGCAGAAGAAACACCACGCCCAGGACACGCUGGCCCAGCUGCAGGAGACACUGGAGUUGAUCAACCUCAUGCAGGGUGGGGCCACACCCACUGCCCCCGCCCGCCCUGGGAAGGUGCACGAGCUCUGGGAGGACUGGAGCCAGCGCUCCCCAGAAAACGGCCGUCGCCGCAGCCAGGCAGAGCUGGAGACGCUGGUCCUGUCCCGGAGUCUGAUGCGGGAGCUGCAGGGCACAAUGGACGCGCUGGAGACCAGCGUGCGGGGCCUGCCCCCCAGCGCCCAGGAGAAGGUGGCCGAGGUGCGGCGCAGCGUGGACGCCCUGCAGUCCGCGUUCGCCGACGCCCGCUGCUUCGGCGAUGUGCCGGCGGCCGCCCUGGCCGAGGGCCGGGGCAGCGUGGCCCGGGCCCACGCCUGCGUGGACGAGCUCCUGGAGCUGGUGGUGCAGGCCGUGCCGCUGCCCUGGCUGGUGGGGCCCUUCGCGCCCAUCCUCGUGGAGCGGCCCGCGCCCCCGCCUGACCUGGAGGCUCUGGUGGACGAGGUCGUGGGGGGCCCUGACCCCCGCUGGGCUCACCUGGACUGGCCGGCCCAGCAGAGAGCCUGGGAAGCCGAGCACGGGGACGGGCCAGCCCUCCCAGGCGACACUUCCAAGGAGGAACCCACGCCCCCCAGCCGCGCCAAGCACACCCUGAUGCCAGAGCUGGACUUCUGACCAGAUGGGGCCACGGGGCAGCAGACGCGGCCCUCGGGAGGUCGCCCUGCACCCCCACCCCCCACCACCCCGAGGUCCCUGCUGCCCCCUAGUGGCCAUGAAUAUGCACUAACGGACUGCGCGGUGGCCUUGGCCCAGGUGCGCGGUGGGGGUGGGGGGCUAAAUUCAGCCGCCUAGACCAGCUUCACUGAUCUCAGACGCUCUCCAGUCUUUCCCUUGGACACAGGGGGACUGGAGCCCAAUUCAGGUCUCAUCUGCCCCAAGCUGGGUGCCUCUGUCUGUGGUCCCCGUCCCUGCACCCCCCAAAAAAGCGGAUCAAAACUCCCCAAAGAAACACAGUUUGCCCAGCGGCUGUCUGGG